AUGGCUCCAACUCGUUCCGUUAAGCAACUAUAUAACUGCCCGGUCGGUACCAAUAAUCACUUACCUUCCAGGAUGCAAAAUACGGUAUACCUGCAAGACGUACCUCCAGGAAAACAUUCUUUACCUCCAACGAUCCCCCACGCGGCUCAUAGGCAUGCAGCCCCAUCAGGACCUUGGCCAUGGUUCGAUUUGGUCGAUGACGACGCACCUUUUCCGAUCGUUCCACCGGAGCACAGCAAGAGGAAGGGGACUGCCAAUCCUGAGAAUGACUCCCGAGAUCAGGACUGGAGACGAUACCCCGAGCUCUUAUACCCGAAUUGGACCCAUUAUCGUCUUGUGAGAAGCGGGAUCGCUGGUGUUAUUGACAAACCGUCGGACCGUCGUUGUGUGCUAUAUCAUAUUGAUGUCGGGUCGGAUGGACAUUUCUCGCAGCCAGGUCACCAUACGGUGGAACAUGAAAAGGAGGAGGAAUUUUGGAAAAUGAUGACAGAAAGAAAACGCGUCGAUAGAAAUAGAGUGCGUCUGAUAUUUGUUGAAAACAUCUCGGGUGCUGUUUUACAGAUGCUAGGGACUACGUACAACAUUGAACCCUUCUUCUUCUCUUCUUCCCUAAACUGGAUCCCUUCCCGAUAUCAGGAGAAUGUCAUUGAAAAUGACAGUGAUCACAUAACGUUAAUACUUACAUUUCUUAGAUCAAUGCCCAACCCUGUUACAGCGCCCAAUACACCUAUGCUUGGUGGCCAGUUUUUUUCCCAAAUUAUGUCACGGCCUGGGCAAACUACUAUUAACACACAGGCACCUCUCAUUUUGAAGUCCUGUGAUAAGAUACUUCUUUUGGAUCUUAUUUCUCUCCACAUGGUUCGCAGGAAGGACGGCAGCACUGUAAUUUCUUAUCACCCAACCUCUGAAUGGAAAAGCACGAGUGCACGGUAUUUACACUCCCGUGUACGAUAUGCUGGAGAAAGUGUUUAUUGGCAGUCAUUGUUCCGCCAGUCUCAGGACCCAACCCUCGUUAUGUUAUGCAUGCUCUGGUACCCGUUGUACGGGUGGGAUGAAUCUCUGGAAACUCUCUAUUCUCAUAUAAGUUGGCUGGAGUCCCGUGUCCUGAUAGCGAACGACAUUCAUUUGACUCGGGAACUACACAUCAUUCGCGCCUACCUCCUGCACUAUGCAUCACUCCUGGAGAGCUUCCGAAAAUCUGUCCUUUUCCUGAGGAAUACCCCAAACCCUGCGAUGAAAGACCAAGAUGACUUCCAGAAAUCCAUGGAUGUCAUGAACCGAGAGUGCGAUACAUUGCUAUCUGAAAUAGAGCGCCUGGACAUGUAUCGUCGGAUGCAGGAGAUGAGGCUGGAUAACGUGGUAAACCUGGCCUUUGCUAGUGUGAAUUUUCAGGACAGCAGGGACAUGCAGCGUUUGUCGGAGGCGUCUCUUCGGGAUGGGACUGGACUUCAUGAAAGCAAGGAGCGAAAUGACGAAAUCGAGACGACUGUCUUGUACCGAUUGCAGUGGCCUAUACGAUCUCUAAAACGCGUGACAGCCAAGGUGCGCAAGAAGAGGCGAGGUGUCAAUGAAGGGGUGGUAUAA